UAGUAAAUUUACAAUGGUAUAAACAGGGAAAAGCAGAAAAUCCUCACAUUCGAGAGGUUGGAAUCAAGUGAUGUUAGAUAUUUUUGCAUGAUCAAUGACGAUCAAUUAAGUAUAAAUAGGAAUUUUCUUUUCAUCGACUAAUCAAUUAAUCUAAUAAUUGUUUCAGCUUUAAGACAACUUUAAUGCUGCAUGGCCACCUUUUUUAUGCAUAUUUCAUUACAGUAACAAAAAUGCAAAAGACAUAAUAAAUUAGAUUUUUCAUUGCUAAAAGCUCAAAUUCUGUUUUUCUAGAAUAUUAAUACAUUUCAUUGCUUUUUUAUUUUUGAGUUCUAUUGAGGUGCAGUAAUCGAUUGAAGCAGGGUUUGGAUCCAGUUCAUUUUGGUUUGUGGAUGUGGAAUUUUCCAAGUAUGAUGAGGAGCUGCACAGUAUUAUUAAUAUUGUCCAGACCAUGAAGUACAAAAUAUAACAUCAAAUACAGUAAUUAGUAUACUCUUUUAUGUUAAUAAAAUGUUCCAAAUCUUUCCAGAAUACAUUUGUAUGUUCACAGUGGUAAGCUGCAUGGCCACCUUGAGGACAAAAGCUGGCAGCCGCUGACGUGGCUGGCUGGGGCGUUUACGGUGCCUCUUACGCUGUCGCAAAUAUUAGUGGUAAGUUUGGAGCUCAGUUUAAGGACGAAUCAAAAUUGACAAACGCGACUGAAAAUCUUGUAUCACUCGAGGUGAAAGAUAAAACAUCCAUCCAGUGUGUUAUAUUUGUACAGACACAGUUUGAUGUUUUUAACUAAGCAAUUCAGCUGGAAGUGUUUGUACGAGCUUACGAGGAGCUCUUGAAGCCGGCAUUUUCCAAGGAACAGGGUAAAGCUAAGGGAUUGUUAAUAGCGGUAAAAUAGGCCUGCGUAAAAGCCAGUGUUAGAUAUAAUUAUUUAUUUUGUUUACUUUAGUGUCCUACAUUAUGAACUUAACUCUGAAAGAAGUGUUUUAUUUUACUCUGCAACGUAACGAAUAGCGGUGUAGACUUUUUUUUGGGCCUAUUGAAUUCCUUCACAGUAAAAGUUGUCAACAGUGUGCUAAAAUGCCUACUGAAGUAAAGCAGAGGAAGAAGACUCAAAAGCAAAGUGAUGAAGGGUCUGAAAGGUCCGCUACAAAUAGCAAAGAUGAAGCGCAGAAAGUGAAGAUGGAAACUGGAAACAUCCCAGGAGCACAUAAAACGUCCUCGAGUUUGGAUAUUAGAAGUAUAUUGUGCUUACUGUCGCUUGCAGCCUGCGGGGCUCUUAGUUGGGUGGUGCUACAACAGAAUGGGAGGUUUUCCGAAAUUGAAGAAAAGUACAGAGUUUUACACGGGAAGACUUCAAGUCUGUUCGACAUGGAGGAAGAAGUCCUAAAGGUUUCUAAAAAGCUUGCCGCCUCUGAGGAUGACCUACAGGAGGCGCUCUCCACUGUCUCCUUGGCCACACAACUCCAGCAGGACAUCUCCACCCUCCACGCUGCCAUCAUGGUGAUGCAGGCCGACGAGAACUCCGCCUCCCGUGACCUGCAGAUGGUCAACACCCACUUCCUCAAUGUGACGGAGACGUGGCAGGAGCGCCUGGCUGCCAUCACCUCUGACCUGGCUGCCCUCAAAGCAGAGUCACGGGAAGCUCACGCAGGAGCCACUGAGCAGGUGAACGAGGCCGAGCGGAGGGCCCGGUCUCUGGCGGAGAGGUUGGAGGAGCUCGAGGACAGCACAAAGAGGAACGCCAGAGCUAUGGAGCGCGCAGAGGAAGACGACGCCAAGCGAGCGCAGGAUCAGCUGGACUGGAACACCAAGCAGAUCCACAACCUGGAGGAGCACAUUAGCAGCCUGAGCAAGAAGGAGGCUGAGCUCAGCUCACAGCUCCAGGAGCACAUUCCCCGGGCGCAGGAGUGUGAAGAGCACCUGCCCGAGGUAGAGGCGGCAGUGCGCUCCAUCCUGAAGCUGGGGGGUGAUCUGAGCGGGGCGGAGAAACGGCUAGAAGAGGUGACGUUACAGGUGUUUGGGACUGAGGACAGCAUGCUGAAAGCACUGAAUGAAAUCCUUGAGAUCAGACAGGAACUGGACACCCUGCAGGCUCAAAACAGCAUCCUCAAGAUGAAGAAUGAGUUGUCUGUAGUUAAAGAGGCGGUCCAUGAACUCACCAUGGUGCUAAGGGGAAAUGCUGUUGACAGCCAAAAGGACUAUGACACCUUUGAUGUAGAAGAAUGGAAAGACGGCGAGGUAGAGGAGGAGUGGGAAAAAGAUGAUGAAACAACUCAACCUCUUUAUGAUGACCUCAGUGAAUGAUGUCAUUGUUUUUGAGUUGACGAGGGAAGAGGAGGGGCCCUGUCUUACUAUUUGCUGUAAAAGGUUGUUCAAGCUCAGUAUUAAUGUUUUUCAAAAUGUGUACAUUUGAGAAAAUUGUGAUUUUUGAAGCAUAAAAGUUCACAGAUUUCAACGUGAACCCUGGUAUACAUGCACUGUAUUACACAAGUACAAUCAAGAAUGUAAUUUAGUAUCUGUUUAAUGUUGAGUUACACAUUUAGGUUUCUUCAGUAAUUGUAUAAAAACAUGCCUCAUUACUCUCAAGCCACCAAUUUGCACUGAUACAGUUAUGUGACAAUAUCUGCGCCAUUCUUUCCAGAUAUAACAACAUUGGAGCUGAAACGAUUAGUUGAAUAAAAGUAAUUGGCAACUCAUCGAUAAAUCGUUAAAAAGUCCUUUUUCUUGCAAAUAAAAGUCCUUUGUUGUGUUUAUAGUCUUAUAGUUUGGUACAGGUAGAGCUUUUGUAGAUCAAUAAUAUUAAUAAAUCUUCAUGCCUUAAUAACUUGUAUUAUAUUUUAACCUGUUGAACUAAAGGCAAACAUUUCAUCACUGAACUUAUUUAAUAAAAUCACUUUUUUAUUGAAAAGA